GUUUUGUCUGUGUAAUGUCGCCGAAGAGCAGGUUUUAAUUGCCAAUGGUUAAAUGUCAUUAAAUUUUACUUAACCCGGGUCAAACGUCAUCGGAGAAUACGUUGAUGAAUUCGAAAUAUUAGCGUUCCAACUUUUACAAUCUUCAACAAAUUCAAUUAACGUUAGUUUGUUUAAUAUGUGUUUUUUUAAAUUCAAGGAUAUUUGUAUAGCUUACAAAGAAUAAACUGGAAAAGAGAGAACAAGCGACUUAAAUUUUUGCGUUUGUGUGUUUUUGCUAAGCAUGGGAAAAACUUAUAUCAAUUACAUUUCAAUUUUUACUUAAUCUCUUUGAAGAUAGUUUUACUUUUUACCUUUGAAUAAGUGCAAUUUUUUUCACUUUAGCUUUAAACGGAAAAUCUUCGAAAUUUGAAGCUAGAACCAUUCAAGCGAAUAAAAUGCUUUCUCAUUCAACAAAUGGAUCCUUACCAAUGAUUAUAGAAGGUCUUCAAGAUCAAAGCGUUGCUCUAUCGGAGAAUGCAAAAUUUAAAGUAUCGGUUCAAGGCAAUCCGAAACCUAGUGUGCAAUGGUUUGCGCCAAACGGCCGAGAAAUUGGAGCCAGUUAUAAGUUUAUGGUAUACCAAGUCGCCGAUUACGAGGUUCUUGAAAUAGUAAAUACAGAAGAGACUGACAGAGGGGUAUACAGGGUUAAAGUAACAAAUACUGUAGGAUCCGUUGAAGCCAAGGCUAAUUUAGAUUUAUAUAUAAAAAGAAGCCGACGAAGUAGAAGUCAACAAGCCGAACAAAAGCCGAAGUUUUCAUCUAAAUUACAGGAUUUGACAGCUAAUGAUCAUGAACAGAACGUUGAAUUAUCUUGCUGCGUUUCCGGUAAUCCACAACCAACAAUCACAUGGUAUUUCGGAGAACAACUCUUAGAAAAUUCAAAAGAUUUCAAACAAGUUUUUGAAGAUGGUCGUGCCACUUUAAUUAUCACCGAAAUUUAUCCGGAUGACGAUGGAACAUAUAUCUGCAAGGCGGUGAAUAGCGCAGGAGAAGAUAGCUGUUUGUGUAAAUUAACUGUCAAAGAUAAUGCUAAUGAGGAAGCAAUGAAGUUUGUUAAACCCUUAAGUGAUAUAUUCGGUAUCGAUACGGAAUCUGCACAAUUGUGUUGUCAAUUAGAAAACGGUGAUGACGCAGAAAUAAAAUGGAUUAAGGAAGAUGAUACAGAAUUUCGGGUGGAUGGUUCCGCCAUAAAAAGUGAAUUUGAUGGUAAAAUAGCCAGAUUAAUAUUUGAGGAACUUUUUCCAGAAGAUGACGGCUUGUACUCGUUAUAUGUUAGGAAAGGAGACGCUCAAAUUAAUUGCUCUUGUAAACUUUCCGUUAAACCUAAACCUUUGGAAAGUUGUAUAUUAAGGCCUCUUCAUGAUGAGAAUAUAGAUGAAGGUAGCACUUGCUUAUUAACUGUUGAAAUUGAUCCAUCAUGUGUUGAACCUGAAAUACGCUGGAUGCACAAUAAAAAACCUAUAUCUAAUUCAUCACCAAAUUUAAAGUGUUCUUCGUCAGGAAAUGUUUAUAAUAUUGAAAUUCACCAAGUGACCCAUAAAUGUGCUGGAAUAUAUGACUUUUUCGUAAGUGCCAAAAAUGGAAAUGAUCAGUGUUCAUGCAAAAUUACUGUUAUAGAAAUGAUAAAAAAACCCGAUAUUAUAACUAAAUCAUACUCUACAAGUUCUAAAGAAGGAGAUUCCAUCGAAUUGAGAUGUCUCGUUAAUUCUUUAAACAAAUGUACUGUAAACUGGUUGAAGGACGAUCGAAUUAUCACAAACCGGAACAUGGACAAAAGGUUUAAAGAUCUUAUUGAAGACAAUGCUUGUCUUUUGCGAAUAGACUCAGCUAAAGCUAGUGAUUCCGCAAACUAUACUUGUAUAGUGGAAAAUUCUGCAGGAAAAUCUGAAUGUUCUAUCAUGUUAAAUGUUCAUUGUGCCGAUCGAAGAAGAUCUACGGAUAUCGACGAAGUUUUUGAAAGUUCAAGAACUGAAAGAAGAAUUUCAAACUCAAGAGGUUCUCUUGCAGAAGUAAAACAUCCUUUACAUGAUGUUACAUUGAAAGAAGGUGACGAAUUGACAUUAGAAUGUGAAUUUGCAUCCACUAUUCCUCUCAAGAUUAGCUGGUUUUGUGAAGAUAAAAGAUUAGAGCCAACAGAUGAAAUUUUCAUUGACAGUGAUAACGGUUACUCUUGCUUAUCUAUUGCUAAUAUUACAAGAGAAUUUUCUGGAAAGGUAAUGGCUAAAGCCACAAAUGGAAGAACUUCAAUUCAAACAGCUUGCAUUGUAAAAGUAGAAGAUGUAAAAAUAUCUCGAAAACCACCUCAAAUUAAAAAGGAACUAAAAAAUCAAACUGUAAUGGAAGGCAAAUCAGUGUCAUUUGAGGUCGAAUUUUACUCUAGUAAACCAGUGUCCGCCGAAUGGUUUAGCAAAGGCGAACAACUCGACGGGCCGAAUGACUUCGAAAUAGAUACAAGCUCUAACAAAGCAACUUUAAAAAUUAUCGAAGCCCUCAUGGACGAUGCAGGACAGAUAUGCGUUAGACUAUCUAAUGAUUAUGGGAAAGUACAAUCUACUUGUAAUUUGACAGUCAGAGAUCGAGAAUUCACAAAGAGAUCAAGUAGCAAGCAAAGUCCACGUGGUUCCUCCCAGGCCAGUGAAGAUUCCAUUAAUUAUAAAGAUGCAUUAGUUCGUCAUGUUGAAGUCCAGAACACCAGUGCGACCUUAAGUACUCCACCCAGACAAACAGAUUUUAGAAAUGUUUUGAAAAAGUCUUCCAGCUUUAAACAGUCGCCUUCACCUCAGCCAGUAACAACAACAACAACAACAAAAAUGGAUUAUUUAUCCGUUCUAAAGAAGAAAUCUAAUUUUGAUCAUUUAGAGAAGAAAACAAUUGCUUCGCCACCGCUUCAAGUUGACUUUAGGGAGGUGCUCAAGAAAAAAAGUAGAACACUCUCGAAAUCUGAUGAUAAAGAACCUCUCAAAGAAGAUGAUUCUGGAAAAAAGCAAAUUCAUAACGCAAGGUUUCAACUUAGGAAGACAGCAUCAAGUGAAAAUCUUUUGUCAAAUAAAACAGAACUUUCCAUUCCAAGGACAGAAGCGAAAUCUACUGCUCCUGAUUAUAAAUCUCUCUUGAAAACCAAUGUUGGGAGGGAAGAUAAGCCAAAAAUUCUUAAAGAAUUAGACGAUCAAUCUGUCACAGAAGGAGGAACCUUGUAUUUAAAAACAACUUUUUCUGGCAUCCCUUCUCCUAGCGUUAUAUGGAAGCACGAAGAUCUUGAAAUAAAGCAAUAUACAGAUGAUAGAAUCGAUAUAAUUACAGAUAAAGUUUCUUCUACAUUAGUUUGCCGUCAAAUUCAAGAUAAAGAUCAUGGAAAAUAUUUAGUAAAAGUACGUAAUCAGUACGGUUUUAAAGACAGUACAUGUAAAGUGAUAGUGAAUAAACCAAAGCGAAUGGAAGAACUGAAACCACCAUUUAAAAAUUUAGAUUCUGGAAUUGCUGGAAGCAGAGAGAGUUUAGACGAGACUGAACAAUUUGGAGAUAUUCAAAGCAAGCUGAGAGAUAGGAGACGGAGGACUAUGAAUAAAAAAGAACGAGAAGAUGAGAGUUCUUUUACAAAGCAGGAAAUAGACAUUAACCAAAAUAUAAAUGGAACUGAUAACUCUUCACUAGAAUCACCUCCUCCCGUGGAAAAAGAACCAGAACCUGAACCACCUGUUGAAGAAAAACCACCAGAGAGAAUUCAGACUGUACAAAACGAACUACUCGACGAUGAUUCUUCCAUUCAGAUAUUACGUGAUUUAAAAAAUGCUAAAGUCUUGAGUGGGGACGUUUUAAUGCUUCAGUUAAAAUUCGAUAGUCAACAUCCAAUCACCAGCGUUUCUUGGUAUAAAGACAACCAAGUUGUAAAGCCUAAGAGUAAAUCGGUCCAAAUGAAUUUUGACAAUAAGCAAGCAUCUUUAUUAAUUUCUGAUGUUAAUCGUGAAGAAGAAGGAGAAUAUUGCGUUGAAAUUUGUAAUGAAAUUGGCGAAAUUGCCGAAAGUAGCUGUUUUAUAAAUGUGCUCGAUUAUUCUCGUUUCGGAUCAAUGUCUAAAGCGGUUUCUGAUAGAUCAUCCCAAGAUUUCUCUUCCAUAUCUAAACCCGAUACGGAGGAUAGUACGGUAUUAGUCGAAGAAUUCAUAAGUAGUCUGGAAAUUUCUAAUUGCACAUACAAUUCGGUUAUGCUUUCUUGGACUAAAUGUGAAAAUAAGGAAAAUGUGAAUCGUCUACUGCGGUAUAGAGUUGAAAUGAAUAAACUAUCAGAAGAUAAAUGGGUCGUUGCCUGUGAAAUGCACCGAGAUACUGAAUAUGCCAUCGAAAAUUUAGAAGAAGAUACAGAAUAUAAAUUUAAAGUUAUUCCUAUGAAAACUCGCGAAAGUGUUGAAACGGCAAGGAAGAGAGAGAAAAUUAGUGACAUUGUCAGAACUCUAAGAAGAGAAACAGUUGAGGAAUCAGACUACCCUUUCGAACCUAAAGAAGUAGAGCCUAGAACAAGUGAAAAAUUCGCCGAUUUUUAUCAAAUGGGAGAGAAAAUUAACAGUGGAAGAUUUGGAGAUGUUCACCACUGCGUUGACAAUGAGACAAAGCUCCAUCUAGCGUGCAAAGUAAUAAAGAAGAGAGGUGCAGCGGCAAGGCAAACAGUUCAGCAUGAAUUAAAUAUCAUGAACGAACUGCGUCAUCCAAGACUAUUAAUUGCUUACGACGCUUUUAUAAAUCGAAACGAAUGCGUAUUGGUAAUGGAAUUCGUUGCUGGUGGUGAAUUGUUCGAGAAAGUAGUUGAUGAAAAAGUUGUACGAGAAAUAGACUGUAUCGGUUACAUUAGGCAAAUUUGCGAAGGUUGCCAAUAUAUGCACGAAAAAUCUAUCGUACAUUUGGACUUGAAACCUGAAAAUAUCGUAUGUGUUUCGAAAGAAGGCACUAAAAUAAAAAUUAUAGACUUUGGUCUUGCCCAAAAAUUAAACGUAACCGACGAUAUGAAUAAUAGAAGUCUACAAGGAACUGCUGAAUUUGCUGCUCCAGAAAUUCUCAACUAUGAUCCAAUUAGUACUACCACCGAUAUGUGGAGUGUAGGGGUCAUUUGCUACGUUCUAUUGUCUGGAAUUGCCCCAUUUGCUGGUGAAACUGACGACGAAACUAUUACAAAUGUUACUAGUGGAGAAUAUGAUUUUACAGAAGAAUUUGACAUAAUUAGCGAUUUGGGUAAAAAUUUUAUCUCAAAAUUAUUACAGAAACGGCCAAGGCGUCGUAUGUUAGCUAAGGAUUGUUUAUCCGAUGAUUGGUUAACUGUUGGUAAAGAUAAAUUACCAAAUGUUCCAAUUGACACAACAAAACUUCGUUCAUUUAUGAAUCGUAGAAAGUGGCAGCAGUGUCAGUAGAAAACUUAUACAAAACCAAAAAAAAAACAAAAAUACACAUCUAAUUAAGCCCACACUAGAGCAAUAAUGGCAAUGAACAGGCUUUCAUCUUUUCUUAAGAAAUAGGGUGCCUUUCUUAGUUCGUUCAGAGAAAUCAUUUGUAUAUAUUUAUAACACAAAUUUCUCUGCUCGUAUUAAGUUUUUUUAAUCAGUGUUUUUUAUUAAUGCAUGUUGCAAUCUCAUUACUGUUUAUGAAUAAAAAUAUAGAAAUAUAGAG